GAAGAAGGAUUAAAAGUUGUUGUGAAACUAGAAACUCCCGCUAACGCUGUUAUGAAGCCUGGACUGUAAACGAAGUACAGAAAGCCUUUAAUGAAGGCGCGCAGCGGACCGUAACUUCCUUCGCCGUGAUGAAGUUGUGUAACCGGGGAGCGCUGAUGCUGGUCACCACGGCGUUAUCCUUCAUAGCGUUCAGCCUGAUGACCAUCGCAGUGGGAACGGACUACUGGCUGUACUCCCGGGGCGUCUGCCGGUCCAAGACGUCGAUCCAUGACAACGAGACCAUCCGCAAGAACGAGGUGGUGAUGACUCACUCCGGGCUCUGGCGCACCUGUUGUCUCGAAGGGACGUUCACAGGGGUGUGUAAAGAAAUUGAUUAUUUCCUCGAGGAUGCAGACUAUGAGCAGGAUGCUGCGGAAUACCUACUGAGAGCAGUGAGAGCCUCCAGUAUAUUCCCCAUAAUGAGUGUAGGUCUGUUGUUUCUGGGAGGAGUGUGUGUGGCCGGCAGCGAGUUCUACAAGACACAACACAACGUCAUGCUCAGCGCUGGGAUACUGUUCGUCUCCGCAGGACUCAGUAACAUCAUUGGCAUCAUCGUCUACAUCUCGGCUAACUCUGGUGACCCGGGUCAGAGCGACAGUAAGAAGAGUUACUCAUACGGCUGGUCUUUCUACUUCGGGGCGUUGUCCUUCAUCUUGGCUGAGAUGGUGGGCGUUCUGACAGUACACGCCUUCAUAGAGCGCCACCGGACGCUCCGGACCCGCGGGCGCCGCUCCCUCACCAAACACGCUCUGUUCCGCUCCGCGUCCUACUACAGCCGCUACAACCGCUACAGACGCCGCUCCAGUUACCGCGGCAACGUGGACUACCGUCACUCGCUGUCGUCGGCGGGGCAGCUGCGACCUCGCGACCCCUCGCCGUUGCCGGUGGCCCUGUCCGUGUCAAAGGUUGUCGCCGCGGGGCCGGCGGGGUCGGAGUUGGCCUCGCACAAACUAACGCCGCCCGACAACAAGAUGGCUGCAGGAGGAGGAGGAGGAGGAGGAGGAGGAGGGGUGGAUGUUGCGAGGAGCGUUUUCCUGUUGCCACUGACAAGCAAGCCCAACAACAAGGACAUGUUGCCUAGCAAUGCUGCUAACAGGAAGACAACACCUGUCUGA